CUUCGAUCUGCGCUGGAACCCCCCGGCGGCGCCGCUCGCGCCGCCCCUGGCGCGCUCCGCGCGCCAGGGAGGAGGGUCCAGUGCCGAUCCAAGGAUCCGCGCGGACCUCCAACAGUUUAUUAUCAUGCAGUUGUUUUGUUCCUCUGGUAUGGGGAUGGUCAUGCGAUCAUGCUGGGCGUGAGCGCCACCGGUGCCCUGAUCCCACUUGCGUUCUUUGCAUCGGUCGUCUACGUGGUCCUCCAGAUGGAGAAGCGCUUGGCGGCUGGGGACGAGCGGUUCCUGAGGUCUUUCCUCUUUCUAUUCUUCCGUUUUCGGACGGGUGCUCACACGUACAUCGCAAUAUUCCUGUUUCGUAAUCUUAUAAUUGCUGUGGUCCCAGCGCUCGGCAGCACCAUGUUUCAGAUCAUGAUCUUGCAGGUCAUCAUGAUUCCGCUUCUGGUCGUGACGGUCUAUUUCAUGCCCUGGAACGCCUUCUUGGCGAAUCUGAUCGACGGCUCCAGCACCAUGCUGCUGAGCCUGAUCGUGACGUUGUUUGCCUUCUACUGCGAGGACGUGGACGCAGAGAUCGUCGCGCAGCUCUGCACCGCCAUUUGCUGCAUCGCCUUUAUUAUCAUCUUCUGCGCUAUUGCUUGGGGCAUGCUCGCGCAAAUCUUGAGGAUGGAGAAGCCCAUGCAGUUCUUCCUUUGCCACCACAAAGACGGCGCCGGCAACUUCACCAGGCUCCUGAAGAUGUCGUUGGACACGAAGUCCAAGAAGGAGAUCGGUGUCGAUUCGGACUACAUUGAUCCGAGCGCCUUGUUUGCCACCGUGGCGUCUGACGUUGACAUGCUCGUCACGGUGUGCUCCAGGCAGAUCGUUUCCCAGCUGUUCUGCGUGGGCGAGAUGACCACCGCAAAGCUGAACAAGGUGCCAGUCUGCAACGUGCUCCUCCCAGAUUUCGCGUAUCCCUCCGAGGACUUCGUCAACAAGUACGAUAUUGAGAUGCCACGCGUCACUCACCUGGCCCGGUACGGUCUGAAUCUGGAAACGGUCAAGGCAUCGUUGCCCAAUCCUGGGCAGGAGUCUGUCAAACUCCCCUCGCACAUCACCAGCGGUACCAUACAGUCCUUGGUCGGGAUGCUCACGCGAGAGCACGCAGCCGUGUCGCUCCAGGACGACAAGGGCACGAUCGACCCAUCCGGGUCCUCCAGCUUCUUCAUCGUCGCAGACAUGGGGGCGCUGGAGUGCGCGUGCGCGGCCCUGGUCCUGCAGCUCCUCCUGGCGCGCGCCGUCCAGGGCAAGGCGGCGGAGGUGCCCCAGCUGCUGCCGCUCGGCGCGGCCCUGCCCAGCUCCGCCGAGAAGGUCUGCCUCGUCCUCAGCAACGGCGUCUUCGCCUCCCCGCACGUGGCCACCGCCCUGAGGCGCGCCGCGGACGCGAACGCCGCCGUCCUGCCCGUCGUCGCCGAGCCGAGCUUCCGCUUCCCGACCAAGGGCUCGCUGCAGCAGCUGGCGGAGGGGGCCCCGGGCGCGCCUGGGGAGUGCACGGGGGCGGAGCUCGCGCGCCUCGUGGCGCGCACCUGCGAGGGGGCCGUCGUGGAGGCGAGCCCGCAGGCCCCCGAGGCAGACCUGCUCGUCCGCGCACAGGCCGUUCUGGCGUGGCUCUCGGAGGCGCGCCUCCUGGCCGUGGAGCCCCGCCCCGACGCCUGGGUGCAGCUCGGCGACCAGCCUGGGCCGGGCGGGCCUGACGAGGGCCCGGAGGACGGCCAGGCCGGCGCCGAGCAGGACGGUGCCGGCGCCGAGGCGUCCCCGCACGUCGCAGUCUGAGGCCGGAGCCGAGCUGCUCGCCCGCGCGGGAGAGCGGCCGCAGGGCUCCAGCCGGAGGAUGGUGGGGCGAUGCGUCGUGGGCCGCUCUCGCUUUGCCCUUUCUAUUUGGCGGCAGAGGUGGAACGAAGACAGCUCGAGAGGAAAGCGAGCACAGAACGAAAGCCGGACACAGUGUUCAGGUCGAGCCCUAAAGCACACCCAUGGCAUAAAGGAAUCGCAGCAUGAGCAAAGCACAUGUCAGAACAGCCUCUGUUUCGGUCGAGCCCCGAGCGGCCGAGCUCCUCGCCCGCGCACGUGCACCGCCGGCAGAGCGGAGGGCACCGCGCUCCCGAGGGGCGCCCCGGGAGGACGAAGAAUGGCGAGUCGAAACCUGUUCUUCCACUGGCGCCGGCCACUGGAUCGGAGCAGCAGUCGAGACGCUCUGCCAGACUGCCUGGGCCUCGGGCGCUGUCGGCGCCACCGGAGCCACAAGAAUGAUCUACUCUUCGCGCUGGCCGAGAUCCUGUUUUUUCAGCAGCGCAGGCUCCAGCCCCAGCGUGCCCGUGCGCACGUGGGGGGAUGGGCCUCCUCCUCGAUCCUCGAUGCUCGAUCCCCCUCGA